UUGACUCGGAGUUGAAAAGUUAAGUUUCUCCAUCAUGACUCUCCAGAGACUGAACUCGUGUUCAUGAUAAACUGAUUUAUGAUAUAUAGAGAGAGAAAUGAGACGCAAGUUUACUGUGUCUCAUCGGUGGAUAUGAGCUUUACUCACACAAAUAUCAUUCAUUACAGUUAGAUAAACAAUAACAAUGUUACAUUAAAUAGUAAAUAAACUCAUUUAACAUCGCUGAAAAAACUAUUGAAACUACAAAACUGUUUCUGUCGAUUAAAACAACUUAAAUUCUUAAAACAAACCUUUAUUCAGCAGAAUCACAGAUCCAGGAGCGCUGCGCAGUCUUAUGACGUCAUGUCGUCACUCCAAAAUAAAAGUCAUGCAUCGUCUACAAUCAGAAAAAACAGUGACAAAUAUGGUACAAACGAUGUUUAAAAAAAUAUUUGUGAAAAAACAGAAGAAGGGAUGUUUUGAAAAGUUUUUUUUAUUAUUAUUUUGUUAAAAACCACAGAGGAGCUAUAUACUAUUUUUGGCAGGUGUUACAGAAACAUUUUUACAAAAAAAUCUUCUGAUUUAACCUUGAGAUUUGAAGUAUUAGAUAGCUUAGAUUUUUUGCAACACCAUCUACGAUGACACUAAUAAUUCUUAAUUUCUGAUAGAAAUACAAAAUCAAUCAGUAGUUAUUAAUAGAAUAAUGAGACACAAACCUUUAUAUUCUAUUGCGUUUGGCCCCAUUUAUUUAAUAGAUACAGAUUUUACACAUUAACUUUAAAGUGUAAAAAAGGCAACAGUUAUUUUUCAUUAUAUGAUAAACAUACUUUUUUCUAGAUCAUUUAAAACUUGUCAUUCUGAUGUUGUUUUUUUGUUUGUUUGUUUUUUAGAGAUCUGUGAUUCGUGAUGAUUCGGAUGAUCUGUUUGAAAAUUCCAGUGUAAACAGUAAAGAUGACCAUACAGACAUUCAAGAUGACGUCAGACGGAAUCAUGCACCAUUUGCAAUGAGUGAACAACAUUCUGCUUGUACCACAGCAUCAAAAAGAGCAAAAAACACCAGAGCUAGAGCGAAGAUUGCUGAGUACUCAGAUGGUUCGAGUGAAGAUGAGUUAUCUGUCAGUGAGGAAGAGUACAUUCCUGACACAUCAGAGAGUUACACAUCAGAUAGUAGCAUGAGCCUUACUGCUUCACCAAAAGGUAAAGAAAAAAGUUACAGACUUUGCCAGUCCUGAGCAGUUCAGCUGUGAACAGAAUCAAAAUGUUCAGUACUCAAAGCAGCGGUGACUUAGGGAGCUCCCAGAACCACGACAUAGCCAAAGUUCCUGACACAUCUUCCAUUCUUGACAGCGCAACAUCAGUAGUUAUCCCAACUAUAAUUAAAAAGAAAGGUGGAUUGAGAAUGUACAGCAAAAAACAGCAGUGCUUUUUUUGUGACGGUGCUUUUACAAAAAUUUCUAGACAUCUGGAACGAAAGCAUAGAAAUGAGGUAGAGGUAGCGAAAGCAUUAAGUCAUCCAAAGGGCUCAAAAGAAAGGAGGAUGCAACUGGAGUAUCUACGCAACAAAGGGAACUUUGCUUACAACAGUACUGUUAUUAAUACAGGUGCAGGACUGAUGAUUUCACGGAAACUGCCCAAAAAGAACCUGGAUGGGGAAAGUUUUAUGCACUGUAUUUACUGCAAAGGACUCUUCUUAAAGAAAACUCUGUGGCGACAUUUCAAGGUUUGCAAAUUCAGGCCUGGUGAUGAGAAGCCGAAACCUGGAAAAACCCGUGUCCAGGUUCUUUGUGGCUUUGCACAACCUCCCCCACCAGGAGUAACUCAUGGUGUUUGGAAGCUGUUAAAUUCCAUGAACCAGGACCAAGUGGCACUUGAAACUAGAAAUGACUGGUGCAUUUUAGAGUUAGGAAAGCAUCUUUACAACAAGUAUGGAUCAAGAGUUAAAAUGCAUGAACACAUCCGCCAAAAGAUGAGGGAGUUUGGAAGACUCCUAAUAUGUGCAAGAGAGGUAUCCCCCCUUACAUCUAUUAAAGAGCUCAUUCAUCCCUCAAACUUCAUGCAUACCAUCAAUGCAGUUAAAAGGGCUGCUGGCUACAAUGAAGAUACCAAUGUAUUUGAAAAGUCUAGUGUGGCUGUGAAACUUGGACAGAGUCUAGACAAAAAAGCAAUGCUCAUUGAGAGCCACUCUACUAUUAGUGGAGAUGAAGAGACAAAAGCUCGGCGAACACUGGAGGAAGCAAAAUGGAAUUCCCCACAAUUACUUCCAUUCACCGAAGAUGUUAAGCUCCUUCAUAUAUAUCUUGAUGAGCAAGAGAAGACCCCUCGCAAACUCUUGUUAUCGCAGCCGUCGUCUCAGCAAUGGGCAAAACUGGCCAAGAUUACGUUAACUCAGGUUAUGCUUUUCAAUCGUAGAUGAGAAGGGGAAGUGUCCCAGAUGCCGUUGUCUGCAUACAUCUCCAGCAACCAAACGGACGCUCAUCCAGAUAUUACCAUGGCCCUCACAUAUUUAUAAAACAAACUGUGUCAGUACUUCAGGCGUGUAGAAAUCCGAGGCAAAAGAGGCAGAAAGGUUCCCGUGCUUCUCACACCUUCCAUGCAAGAAUCAAUCAGCCUGCUUAUUGAAAAUCGGAGUAGGUGUGGAAUACCAAAUGAAAACCCUUUCCUUUUUGCACGUCCAUAUGCAAUGACGUUUUUCAGAGGCUCUGAUUGCAUUCGAGAAUUUGCUGUUGCAUGCGGCGCAAAAAAUCCUCAGACUCUUACUUCAACAAAGUUGAGGAAACAGAUCGGGACACUUUCUGAAGUUCUUAAUCUUAGCAACACCGAACUAGAUCAGUUGGCAGACUUUCUGGGCCAUGACAUUAGAGUUCAUCGUCAAUUUUACAGGUUACCCGAAGACACCCUCCAACUGGCUAAAAUCAGUAAAAUUUUACUGGCUCUUGAAAAAGGACGCUUGGCAGACUUUAAAGGGCAAAAUCUCAAUGAAAUCAACAUUGAUCCAGAAGGUAGUAUACUAUACAGUAUACACCAUACACAACAUGGGUUCAGAUUUUGCUUAAAAUAACAUUUACCUUGUGUUUAUAUAUUUCUGUAUUUUCUACCUUUUUAGAGGAAGUUACAGUGGACAGUGAUUUGGAGGAGUCCACUUCUAGUCUGAAAGGUAAUGAUUACAUAUUGUCAGUUUGUUCCAUUUAUGUUUGCCUAAUUAAUGGAACAUCGGAUACCCAUGUUUCUGUUGGCUGUAAAAGGUACAGUAGAUCUGUUUGGUUAGGCUAUCUGAAGAUCUUCAGGAUGCAUUGACAUAUACAUGGUUUAUGGUUUAAGACGGUAAAGGGAGGGGCUGAGGUAGUUAAAGAAGUAGGCCUGUAAGGACAGAGGCCCUUUCAAUUUAAGUAAAAGAAUAAAGCUGCAGAAAGCCUUCCGACAGUGCAUGGAGCAUUCACAUAAACACUUUCAUUGGUGCAGUGACCCAGAUUGGGACAGAUUUAUGGGGAUAAGUGUAAAGGAGACAGCAUUGCAACUGCUGGCAUUUGAAUAUUUACAAUAUUUAUAUUGUUUGAAUAUUUUGCUAACUUAACAUAAGUUGCUUAUAACAUAUAUUUGCCUGUAGAAUGUUGGGUAAAUCCCUCCCUGAUGCCUCAUAGGACCCAUUUUGCUACCCAAUUGACUUUUGGUCAGUUUGCACAUCCAUCUACCACGCCGGAUACCCAGAUUCAAGACCCACUUGGGGAGUGGUUUCUGGUAUCAGAGGUGGAAGUCAUUAAUUACAAAUACUCAGAUUACUGUAAUUAAGUAGUUUUUUGGGGUACUUGUACUUUUAUGAGUAGAUU